AUGGAUGGGGCAAACUGGACAGCUGUAACGGAAUAUGUCCUGCUGGGGUUCCAGGAGCAUCCGAACCUAGAGGCUGUACUGUUUGGGUUUUGCCUGGGCAUCUACUGUCUGACUAUACUGGGCAACUCCCUCCUCAUAGCGCUGAUCACACUGGACCCCCACCUGCACAACCCCAUGUACUUCUUUCUCAGCAACCUCUCCCUCGUAGACAUCUGUGGCACCUCCUCCUUUGUGCCUUUCAUGCUAGCUAACUUCCUGAAAAACCAAAGGACCAUCUCCUUCCCGGGCUGUGCCCUGCAGAUGUACCUGACCCUAGCACUGGGUGCUACAGAGUGCCUGCUUCUGGCUUUGAUGGCAUAUGACCGUUAUGUGGCUAUCUGCCAGCCACUUAGAUACACAGAGCUCAUGAGAAGGCAGACAUGCCUGUGGAUGGCAGGGCUGAGCUGGGUAACAGGCUUUGCUAACUCGCUACUACAGUCCAUCCUUGUCUGGCGCCUUCCCUUGUGUGGCCAUAAUGUCAUCAAUCACUUCUUCUGUGAGAUCUUGGCAGUGCUUAAACUGGCCUGUGGGGAUGUCUCCCUCAAUGUAGUGACAUUAACAGUGGGCACAGCUGCUCUGUCACUGACCCCACUACUACUCAUCUUCCUCUCCUACAUUUUCAUCUUGGCUGCCAUCUUCAGGAUGCCCUCUGCUAUUGGCCGGCACAAAGCCUUCUCAACCUGCUCUGCCCACCUCACGGUGGUGGUGGUGUUCUAUGGGACCAUUUCCUUCAUGUACUUCAAGACCAAGGCCAAGGACCCCAAUGUGGAUAAAAUUAUCACACUGUUCUAUGGGGCUGUGACACCCUCACUAAACCCCGUCAUCUAUAGCCUGAGGAACACAGAGGUGAAAGCUGCUGUCACAGCUCUGCUAGGGGGAGGUCUGCUCUCCAGGAAAAUGUCCCAGUUUGGCUGUUGCUCUCCAUCUUAUCAGCCAGCAUAG